AUGGCCAACGCUAACGCUGCAGUGAGCCAGAGUGCCGUCGCCGUAGGUCUAGAGGCUCUGAAGAAUAACGAUGUAGACUUUUCUCUACUCGAAGAUGCCUUCGGAUCGUCUAGCUUGGGCAUUAUAGUUGUAAAGGAUCUGCCUUCCAAAUUCCAUGAGCUGCGACAUAAAUUAUUGUCAUACGCCUCUGCUCUGGGAAAUCUACCAGAAGACGAGUUAGCCAAACUUGAAUCGCCGGCAUCCAAAUGGCUAGUUGGCUGGAGCUGUGGAAAAGAGACCCUCAAGGACGGCAGAUAUGACACCCUCAAGGGCUCAUACUACGUCAACUGUGCCAAUGGUUUCGAAGAGCAGCAGAAGUCAUUCGCUGAAAAGUACCCAUCCUUCCCAGAGUACACGGCGCCCAACGUUUGGCCUUCCCAAGAGCUCCUCCCAGGCUUCGAGGACACCUUCCGUGAGCUAUGCACUCUCAUCAUCGACAUAGCCGCAUUGGUUGCCCGUGCCUGCGACAAGUACGCCGAAGCCAAUAUCGACGGCUACCAGAAAGGGUACCUUGAGCAUGUAGUCAAGACAAGUGUCUCGACCAAAGCCAGACUACUGCACUACUUCCCCAGCCCCUCGUCAGUCCCCGACACAUCCAGUGGUGAUGAGGACGACUGGUGUGCCACUCAUCUUGAUCAUGGUUGUCUCACAGGUCUCACCUCGGCCAUGUUUGUCGAUGAAGCCGUCAGUCCUCCAAAGACCGGUACAUCAUUCGCGCCUCUUCAGGAACUUGACCGCUCACCGGAUCCCAAGGCGGGUCUCUACAUUCACUCCCGCACCGGUACUGUCACAAAGGUCAGCAUACCCCGCGACUGCCUCGCUUUCCAGACUGGCGAAGCACUGGAGAUCAUCACAAAGGGCAAGUUCAAAGCUGUGCCUCAUUUUGUAAGAGGUGCUGCAGCUGGAGGAAAAGUAGCGAGAAACACACUAGCCGUGUUUACGCAGCCGAAUCUGUGGGAAAAGGUUGACGAGAAGAGAGACUUUGCGGCCUUUGCCAAGGAAAUUGUUGAGAAGAACCACUGA